AUGGCUAAGAAGACCCGACCCAACCGCCCCACUACGUCCCGAAGCGUCAACAAAACUACUCCUACAGACACUCGUGUCACUGUUGAUGCAAUGUCGGCCUCGAGCUCUCAGUCUUCGUGUGAGGAUACAAGCUUCUCAGACGACAUGACUUCACUCCACUCUCGUGAGCGUCUGACGCCCACAUCACCAUCAGUCUUCGAUGUCGAGAGUGACAGCGAGGGUGACAAGAAGCGUGAUGACUUCAGGUCUUCCAUUCGCAGCUUCACGCGACUCGCAGAGGCUUUCGUAUCCCCAUCGUCUUCCGCUGAUAAGAUUGCUAUGGUCGAACAGUUGAAACAGCGUAUGACUGAGAUGAAGGAGAAGUAUGCUAUGGCUUUCAAUCUGCCUCUGUCUGAGCUGGAGAAGAAGCUUGCUAUGAAUCCCGAUCAGAUCGAAGAUUCUGACGAUGAAGAUUUUGAUCUGGAAGACGAAUUAUUCGAGGACGAGGAACAGGAUACAUUGCUGGCGAAUUAUUCGAUUCAGAAGACGGAAUCUGCAUCUGCUACCGAGAAAUCACCGGCAAGCCGCGGGUACAUCAGUGUCCCACUUCAGAUGCCUGUUGCAGCUGCCCUCGGUCGAGAGCUAACCAACCUUCGGGCUGCCGAAGCAGCUCAACACCAGUCACAAAAGUAUCACGAAGCGGAGCCGAUCGGUGGUGAUGUCAAGGCCUCGAUUAUCUCCCGUCUCAAGAAGAGUUCCAAUCUCGAGGGCACUUCGAAGCCUGUCAAGAAAUCCCCAUCGGCUACUGCGAAGUCUUCGAACGCCAAAGACGCUCUCAUUGCGGAUUCCGCAACCGUUCACGCCCAGUCGCUCUCAGACAAACCGAACAAGACCCUGCGCACCACAUCGGCUACCAUACCGCUCACAGUUUGGUUUGACAACCUCGUCGAUUUCACCUAUGAGGAAGCAUCCAACUUCAUCCACAUGUGUGGUGGUAGUCCGAGCGCAGCCUGCCAUCUAUACCAUAGUGUUGAUGAUCCCAAUCAGCUCAAGCAGGCGGUAAACAACUGGCUGUCUUCACACCAGAAUGGCCAUGACAACGGAGCAGCCAAGUAUCGCAAGGAAGCUAACAAGACUAGUGUCAAGCAAGAGUAUUGUAAGAGUGAGGUGUCUGAUGACACUGCCCACUCUGCAUCGGCUCACUCGGAGAAGGAUCACCGCGGUGCUGCAGAUGACGCAUGUGCGGGCGCUGUUUGGGGUACCAAGACUGUUAUCCAGCAUGUUCAUGAUUGCCUGAAUACAUGGUGUAACGGUCGCUGCGUUGAGGAACUUGCUCAGGAAGCCGAUUCGACCACUGCUUACCCCGACUCUGCUCAGUUAGAGAAGGAUCACCAUGGUGAUGCAGAUGGCCCAUUUGCGGACGAUGCUUGGCAUACCAAUGCUAUUCAGCAUGCUGAUACUUGCUGGGAUUUUGGCUGUUACGGCGAAUGCGUUGAGCGUCUUGCUUAUAAAACCGAUUCAACUGCACCUGAUGAAGGCCUCCGGGGCUCGACCGAUGGCGAGGCCAUUCCUGCUUGCGCGCCUAGAUCGAAUAGCCCCAAGCCCGCUCGUCGGGAUAUCAACCCAGAAGACUCCGACCCCAAGACCACCUCUGUUCCCGACGAGCAGGACAUCCCCGACGACAUCCCCGAUGACUCCACACCCGAGGUUCCAGAGCCAACCAAUUACAUUGUCACCUACUGGGCCACCAUAGAGCACAACGACCAAACCGUGCACAUCCCCAUCGAUAGCAGCAACGUUUCCGGCUCCGAGAAAUCCAUCAUCGAAGGUAGCGCUGGCAUGAACAAGGUUUGGAAGUGGGUCCAAGAGAAGGGUCUCACGGACAAGGUCAGCCUUCAGGAUGCAUUUGACUUGGCCAAGGAUAUGCAGGUUGGUUCUCCUUCGGUUGUUGAAGAGUCCUGUGAGGAAGAGAGCGAGGGAUAUGCAGGUUCUGCUAAGCCUGAGAGCGAGGCAGACGAUGAUUCAGAGUAUGUUUCUUCUUCUUUUGGUUCUUCUUCUUCUUCUUCUGAGAGUCAUCGUGGUGAGUCGCCUGAGUCUCGUGCUUGGGCUACUUCGGGAACUAUCCUUGGCUGGGCUGCAUAGGUGGUUUCUCCCAAUCUUCUCAUUCAGGCUGACUUGUGGCCGGUAUGCGAUCGAUGCAUGUACGGUCGAGGCAUGGUUUCUUUUGUCAGUUGGACUUUUUUCAUUCAAGUAUAGGUGAUUGGCUAGCAAAGAGCAAGCCCAUCGGUAUCUGCGAUUGAUUUUCUUGUUUUCGAAUACUCGGGUACUGCUGAGAUGCAUGCAUUGGUGGCAUACCUGGGAACGGAAUCUUGCCGGCACGAGACAAGGGAAUUUUAUCUCAGUGCAGGACUUGUAGCUAGAUAUUCCAGAUAGUGGAAUAUAUAUACAAAACCUUAAACUACAG